CUGCACUCAGGUUGGCGUAGCUGCUUCGUUCAUCUUCUUCUGCAAUAAACAAGGUUUGUUUUUAAAUUUCGUCAUCUGAUUGGGAUACCAACCACAGGCGACUUCUGCGUAGAGUGUUGAGUUUCUCAUCGAAAAAUAGCAUAAUAAUCCGCGUAUGCGCCAAUCAUUGACAGAUGGCAAACUCUCAAGAUGGCGAUGAAGGCAGCUAAGAUAAUGGCUGGGAAAAAUUCGAGAAAGUAGAUUAAAAGUGUCAGUUGAGCACUGUGCUAGCAUUUCAAUCAAUGCGUCAGUGACAGAAGUACAUAUAUUCCAAAAUGUUUGAGUCGCCAAGAAGCUUGCAGGAAGUCUGCAUUGAUUAUAUCUGUGAUAAUGUUAUGGCACUUUGCGACUAUCAUCCUGACACAGGUGCUAUACCUGGGAAUUGUAUUGUCUCUAUUGCCGAUGAUGAUCAAGGAUUUAACAAUGCUGGAGAAGGUACUUUUGAAACUUCCCAAGGUGCUCUACCAACUAAUUUGCCCAGUCAAUAUGCUUUGGCAAACACAACCAAACUCAGCUUCAAAGAUCCAGACACUUUUUUACCAACCGAAAUUUCAGAGCAAUUACUUUAUAGUUUAUGCGAAAGAAAGAAGCUAUCUGACUUGACCAUAACACUAUUUGAUUCUAAAACUACAAGGCUAAGGCAUGUCAAAUUAAAAAAUGCAUCAAACCUUACUGUGAAAGGACUCACAGUUCUUAAGCAACAUAAAGUUAUAGAUUUAGAAGUAAAUAGAUUAAAAAUAACUGUUAAUGAUUUAAUAGCUUGUUUAGGUGAUUGGAGUCUACAAAAUCUUAGAUCAUUAAGUGUUGCUAGAGGAAGUUUUAUGGAUUGUUCAAGAUACUGUGUUGUGGUAGCAUUGAGCAAAUUGCGUGCUCUACAAAUCUUGAAUGUGUCAGGUACUGAGUUUAAUAGGCAUGGGUUAGAAAUCGUUGUUGAAGAUUUGCCUCUUUUACAAAGCCUUGACAUAUCUUGCACCAGAGUUGAUGACAUUUCCCCAUUAAGAAAGUGCAAGGACAGAUUAAAAACGCUAAUAAUGUACAAUUUAAGAAUAAGCGGCUGUGGAAAUAUGAUAUCUGUAUUGUUGGAAUUGAAUGAGCUAAGAACCUUAGAUAUAUCUGACGAAAGAGAUACCCACGUAUUCGAAGUAUUUGCACCUAUUAGGUCUAAGAUUACAGAUUUACUCAAAGCCAUCGAUUGCAUGCCAUACCUUCAGAGUUUGGAUAUAUCAGGCAAAGAUGAUAUAGAUGGCAAAGAUUUAUGGAAUUUCAUCCAAGCACAUAAAAAUCUGCAAUUCUUAGGUCUUGUUCACUCUGAUGCUUGCUAUGAAGAUUGUCUAAUGAACCCACUGAACAAAAAUUAUAGGUCUGACAUUGUGGUGAGCGGUACAGCAACAGAAUCCCAAAUCUUAGAGGCCUUGAGAAGGUAUCCAAACAGGCCGAUCUACGUACAGAAAUGCUUGUACAACUUGUUCCGAUUGACUUCAUACUUCAGUGAGGCACGAGUUGAUGUUAUUAAACUCGUAAUUCCCGGAAUGCGAGCACAUCCCCAGGAAUUUCGUGUACAAAUGGCAGCCACGGCAUGUCUUUACAAUCUGACAAAAGGCGAGCUUGCCACCAAAAUUCAUCCAUCUGUACUAAAACAGAUAGUAGAUUUGACCCUUACGGCUAUGGAAUCUUAUCCAAAUCACUAUCAGUUGCAGAAGAAUACUUUGUUGACUUUGUGCAGCGAUCGGAUUCUCCAGGAUGUCGCUUUUGAUAAGUACAGAUGUGCGAAAUUGGUAAUGAACUGUUUAUCGGCGUUUGAUGACGCCUCAAUGAAUCGAAUGUCGGUAGCGAUCUGCUCGAUUUUGGCAGCUAAGAUCUCAACGAUUGAGACAUCAAUGCUUGGUGCCCAACCGCAGUAUAUGUCAAAGCUCCUGUCAAUGGUGCGUUCAAAGGUACAAUCUAAGUCGGUAGACAUUACCAUGAAGUUCACUCUGAGUGCUUUGUGGAAUCUUACCGACGAAAGUGCCACCACAUGCAAAGUGUUCUUAGAGGAAGGAGGUAUGGAACUCUUUUUGGAGGUCCUUGAGAGCUUCCAGGGCGAGUCAAGCGUUGAAACUAAAGUGCUAGGACUACUCAAUAAUAUUGCUGAGAUUCGAGCUGCUGAGGUCGGCCACCUGAGAGAUCAAUUGAUGCAAUCACGUUUUAUCUCGAUGCUGUCAUUGUUAUUGGACUCGAAACACAUCGAUGUAUCGUACUUUGCUGCUGGGAUUGCUGCACAUUUAUUAAGCGAUGGGCCACGAUUGUGGUUUACGGCUCCAUUACUGCCAACGCGUAACCAGUUGCUGGAUCAGCUGGCGCGCGCCGUAACCAGUUGGCAGACACCUCAGAAUGAAAUGGUCGCCUACCGAAGCUUCCAGCCGUUCUUCCCAUUGCUUAGAUGUUCUGAUGCCUAUCCGGUUCAACUCUGGGCCGUUUGGGCUAUUCAUCACGUCUGCACUAAGAACCCGAAUCGGUACUGCGAGAUGCUGGUAAAGGAAGGUGGCGUAAAGAUCCUUGAGGAGCUACAGAAGGAAAACAGCGAGAGUACGAUGCAGCCAAAUGUACGUACCCUGUGCCGUGCCAUCCUCGACACGGUGACGCAGCAGCCAUGCUAACGACAGGCAGCACUUUGUCAUCAUUGAUAAACCGACGAGAACCUAACGAUUGACCUGAUUCGCUCUUGCACCCGCAUAAGGAACGACUACGUUGAUCAAGUUAACAGUGUGCGUCUGUGUGUAUGACUUCCCACUGGUUGAUAUGCUAGUCAAUUUAUUCUCUUACGAAUGAUAAAAACAAACACGAAACAGAAAUCUAUAUAUCCCUGCUCUUUUUUUUCCAAACUCGAUCAAUAGUCCAAACGGAUAAAAGUUAACUAUAUUUAUCGAAAGAAACAAACAACAAAUAUAAAACCCAACCCUUAGUUCCCUUUGCCGAGGAAUAUCGGAGCUAGGGCUGUGCAAUUUUCGAGGAGCAUGUACGUUUGAUUGUUGCAUACACAUACAUACACAUAGAUCCUAUUUGAUUUGACGAUACACCUAAAUAUAUGCAUGUAUAACGCGCGCGCGUGUGCGUGGGUGGUAUCGGUCAACGUUACAUGCGAAAACGGGUGUGACUUUUAAUUUUUUUCAUUUACUUGUCGAAACGACUCUAUUUCCGUUUAUCUAUACGGUUCAAAACUAGUAAGUACCUUCUUUCCUUACGAUUUAUGUAGAUAAAUAAACAAAAUGGUGUAACGGUUAGAGAGAAACAAAAACAAAUAUGAAACAUUGUAAAAGUAUAAGUGCAGUUGACCAAAAUUAAUAUCGGUCUAUAUUAAUCUCUCACUGCUUCUUUUUCGCUCGUUCAUUUAAUUUGCAGCUUGUAAUGACAUUGAAUUAAUGGCUUUCUUAUUGAGCUCGGGAUGUACUUGAUUUUCUCUUUCUUAUACUAAAAAAAAAGAAACAACAUCGAUGACGUGAUAAUGCCGUCGAUCAUCUAUAGGUAAAUGAAAAAAUUAUGGAUGCUUGUGGGAACGGUUGGAGGAUACUAAUUUUAGCUAUAUGACUAAAACAGAAUUUUUUAUUUUUGUUCAUAAGAUUGAGAAUUAUGACGUUUGAUUUUUUUAUAUUAUUAUAUGUGUAAGUAAUUUUGUGUCGCUGAAAAUUAACCACUUUCUUUAUACUAAGUAUUAAAAUAUAUGUCAUUAUUUUGUUUUUUUCUGUUAAUUAUUAUAACAUUUCUUAGGCAUCGGAAUGAACCGUAAAAAAAUUAAAAAUUAUUUUUGAAAUAACUUUCUGUUUGACGAAUAUAGUGCAAAGUAUUUUUGAAUCUUCAAUAAUCAUACAAUUUUACUGAAGGCUGAUUGUAAUGUCAAUAGUAAACAAAAUUAUUUAAAUUGACACGAAUUCUUAGUCCCAAUAAACUUUCAUAAUUUUUUUAUUAAUCUAUGUGCAACUUAAAAUACAACGUCAAAUCCACGUAAAUAAUCAAUUAUAACUUGUGCACGUUAAAAAAAACAGCCCUGGUUUUGAUCAAAGUAUAAAACAGUGCUGAUUGUCGAUUACACUUGUGACCGAAAAUAUAAAAUUUGUCAAGCUGAUUGAUGAUAUUUUUGGCUACAUGCCGUCCUGGACGAAAAUUGUUAAUGCAGAGUAUUAUAAAUUAUAGAAAAAAUUAUAUUUGCAAUUAACAGAGACAACUGGCAGUUUUCAAGCAAUUAUUACCAGUUUCGCGAUGCGCGCAUAUGCAUUGAGAUGCUGUAAUUUAUCGAAGCGAUAUUUGCCUUUUUCCUCUGUCGAUAUAUUUGUUGAUCUUGGAUGUAGUUUGGAUUUCGGAUCUAACCUGCCCAAGUCUUGUAGAAUUAAUAAAAGAAUGUAAUAGAUAAUCGCAAAUAGCGAUCUAUUAAUAAAAAUACAUAUGCGUUGUGUUU